GCAGAUCGUUUUUUGACGGUUUCGGAGCAGAAGCAUCAGCAUUAGUCGGCGGAUGGAGAUGGAGUAGAAGGCGGAGGCAUGGUGGUGUCGGUGAUCUCAGACUGCAUGGUGGAGAUUUAGCAGGUGUUUUAACAGGCUCGUGCCGCAUUUCCUGGCCGCCGCGAGCGACGCCGGAGGACACGGUGAUGCUGUCGUCGUCAUUUUGCCACAGAGAGACAUAGAGAGACAGAGUGAUGGAGGAGGAGGGCGGUGUGAGAUCAGGCCGCCCCGAUCAGCAGGUUGGAUGCUCCGCCUGAAGCUGCAGGAGUCAUGAUAUGCAUGCUGGAUCAAAACAAUACAGAUCUUUGGAAAAGGUGGAAUACAAAAAAUAUCUGUGCGUAAAAGUGAGAAUGCAUCAUAUGAGUUCAGGGUGGAUUACAGAGCAGCAGGCCUCCAUCUGAAACCAGAAAGAAGGAGAAGGAGAAGAAGAAGAAGGAAACUGUUGCUGCUUUUUUAUGCUGGUGUUUCACCCAGCUGUUGCCACAAAGAUGACUCACUUACAGGCUGGCCUCUCCGUGGAGACCCUGGAGAAGGCGAAGGUGGAGCUGAAGGAGAACCCGGAGACCCUCCACCAGGACAUCCAGGAGGUCCGGGACAUGAUCAUCACCCGGCCGGACAUCGGGUUCCUCCGGACGGACGACGCGUUCAUCCUCAGGUUCCUCCGCGCCAGGAAAUUCAACCACUUCGAGGCGUUUCGGCUGCUGGCUCAGUACUUCGAGUACCGGCAGCAGAACCUGGACAUGUUCAAGAACCUGAAGGCGACAGACCCGGGCAUCAAGCAGGCCCUGAAGGACGGGUUCCCCGGAGUGCUGUCCAACCUGGACCGGUACGGGAGGAAGAUUCUGGUUCUGUUCGCUGCCAACUGGGACCAGAGCAGGUAAGAAAGCAC